AUGAUGAAAAUGUUCGAAGUUCGCAACCUGCUGUAUCGGAGAUCAUGCCAAUACACGCAGAGCGGACUUGUGGAUGCCUCUGUCCUCGAAGCUGAUCUCGUCGAGAGGGUGAAGAGCUUCGCGAAGCGUUAUCCGAACAGCAGGACAGCCCAGGCUUGCAAGGCUGUGGAGGGAUGCACCCCCGACGCUAUCGCAGAAGCCAUCCGCUCGACAUGUCAGCAGGCACGACGUGAGCUUCUGCAAGAAGCAAUGACUGGAUGGAGUGACGCAUCCAACGAGGUGACUUCCUUCAUCUCCAUGACUCUCCUGGGCAUCUCCUCGGUGUAUGUCAACCAUGAAGAGAAGCUGAAGAAGAAAUUCGAAGAGAUCGGACUGAUCGUAGACUCAGUGCAAGAGAGUAAAGCAAUCAUGUGGAAGGCUCCGUAUAGACCCGAGAUAGCGAGUGCUGAUGAGAUCCCGGUGACUGUUUCCGACUUCCUCCGCAAUGCACAAGCGGAGAAGCUCUGGCAGGGAAGAGAGGACUUCGCGAUCGAUGGUCGCAAGUUCACAGCUGUACAUCCGCGGCGAGGACCCGAAGAUCAGAGAGGCGCUCGCAGUCGAGCUGAGCUGACAGCUGAUCGCUUUGUGUCCAGAAACAAGUUGAAGAAGGCAUCAAGGAUGCAGAAGAAGGCAGGCGGCAAGGACGGCAAGGAGAUCAAGAUCAUCAUCAAGUCUCGCUUCACGAGGAAGGAGAUGGAGGGGCUGUGCAACGGCGGCAACACGUCCAUCGCAAGAGUCAAGAGAGUCUUGUUGGAGAUCGCUAACAGGCUCGAGAUCAAAGUUGAAGGCAUCGACAUGGAGGAGGAUUUGAACACCAAGUCCUGGAACGGGCGCAGCAACCAAGCUCGAAGCAGUCACGGACCCGGCGGCUUCGACAUGGAGCCUGAGGCAGCUGGUCAGCGGGGCACCAGCGACGCAGCGCAGCGACAGGAGGAGAGCGAGGGAGAGUGGCUGGAGUUUACAGACCUGGAGAGGAUCACAAUGGAGGCAGCAUCUCCUUCAAGCCAAGAGGACAUGCAGCUCGUCAGCGAGCUGUCAGCAGUCAUCGAAGAUGAGACGGGGACGAGCGAGCCGAUCAAGCUGGUCCUGGACAAGGCUGUUGGCAACCUCCACGACACCUUCUACUCUCCGGGGAGCCUGGAGUUCAUGUCGCUGGGAGAGUGGGCGAAGACGCCAGAGGAGCAGGGAGUGGGACGCAACGUUCUCAAGCCCUGA